ACAUUUAUCUCAGAAGUUAUUUGAGGAAGACAAGGUGACUCACUUUACCUGGACGGUAAGUCUUCACUGAUACUUCCCUGAAACAGGGCUGUCUUAGGAUUUCAUGUACAUCUCCGCAAACUUUCUAAAACUGAAGCCUUUGAAAAGUGUAUGAAGUCAAGCAAUAAACCAGUAAACAGGUGUUCAUCGAGUGACUGCUGUCAGUUAAAAUUUCCAUUACGAGAAGAUCUAUUCAGUGUUUCCCAUGAUGGCAGAACACGGUCAACCUUGCAAUGCGUCAGAAGCCAGCUUUUGCAUGAAUGGAGGAAAAUGCUUUAAAAUAGACUCUGUGUAUACUCUCAAAUGUGUCUGCAAUGCAAACUUUGAGGGCAGCAGAUGUGAGCACUUCCAGCUGAUCAGUUUCUCACGGGACAGUGAGGAGCAGGGCAUGAUCGCCGCUGUGGUCAUCUUCGCCCUCCUCAUCCUAGUGCUGCUCGGUGUGGUCAUCUACUACAUCUGCAAAAUAAAGAGAAAGGGCCAGAGUCAACCAAAAUCUGAGGAGUACCAGGCAGGCAAAUCCAGUAGUGAGCCGGUGUGACUCCACGUUUGAAACUCAGAUGCAUGUGAACUCACAUUGGUUGCUAAAAGAGGCUUUGAUGUCGUGGAGGACCCCAUCAUGACAGAGGAACAUCUUUACCUUGUAACAUCGCCCCCUUGUGAAAGUCUUGGGCUCGAUGUGAAAAUGUGCCAGUUGCACAAUAGCUCAAAGUGCCAGCUACUCUCAAAAUAUCUUUCUUAAUGUUCGUAGAUUUUGUAAAUAGAUCUGUCAAUUAAAACAUAUUAAGUUAAAUAUGUUCAAAGGAUGCAGAUUCCAUACAAGCAAAAUGUUACCGUAUCAGAUGUUCAAUGGAAAGCAAUACAUUUCAAAACGAGCAUCCUUGGAUUGUUUUUAAUUUUAAUUAGAUAUAGAAGUCUUAAUACUAUAUAUUAUAAUUGUCACAUGUGCUGUGUACAUACAUUUUUUUUCAGUGUGCUGUUUUUGUUUUUGGCUGAAACUUUGAUUAUACACUAUAUAUAUCCUUCAAUUCUACUGGAUUAUACUGAAAUCUCUUCAUAAUGUUAAAAUGUUUUACCAUUAAAUGUAUGUAACAACAA